UUGCAUACACCCUCACUACUAUUCUACUGUGUUUUAUUGGUCCAAAAUGAACUUCCUGUCUUUUUCCUACAGCAAAGUUACUUAAAACUUUAUUACAGCCAAAAUUACUUCAAGAAGUGUGUUAUGUACUUCAACAAGUGUGCCGAGAAGGGGAAGCUGUGGCUAAGAGCUGAUGCAGAGGAGAGAGGAAGGUGUGAAGAGGUGGACCUGUUGCAUGGCCAUGAAUAUGCGUUUGUCUUUGAGAGUGUUCUGACAUUUUUUUUCUCUCAGCCCCACUGGAGUGUGCCUUCUCGCACCGUCCGCCCACCUGUGGGCUUUAUGAGUGGUGAUUAUCUCACUCUCACAGUGGGUCUUCUCAUACUUCUCCGGAUGUUAAGUUCUCAUCUCUGAAGUGGCCAGAGACCGUGUGUGUGCACAUGGCUCCAGGUAAAGUUUCGUAUCCUUCAGUAUUCGUGGUGGACAGCAAAAUGAGGCCCCCUCCGAUGCCCCCCAAGCCGGGCCGUAGGCAGCGGAAGGAGGUGAUCCAGACUCUACUGGUGAUCCUGGUUUGUGUGGCUCUGUGUGGCAUGGCUGUGGAGGCCUGUUUCAUCUACCAUCUGUUCACAUCCAAAGAGAAUACCAAACCACCAGAUGGACCACAGAUUUCCAUGAGAAAACAAGAAAAAGAACAUGCUGUAACCCCCAAACAAAAACUGUUUGGAGAUAUGAAGCCAUCAAAACCAAUGGCACAAUUGACAACUGGUAUGAAACUUGUUAAUGGAGUCUUGCUGUGGGAUGAGAAUCAUCAAUCCAUUCUUUACCAUAUCAAACACAAAGCAGAUGAGGGCAAACUCAUCAUAGAGAAAGAAGGAUAUUAUUCCGUCUACUCGAAGAUCCACUUCAUGGAGGACAACAUCUUAUUCAGUCACUCUGUAGUCUGGGUUACACAUCGAUAUAGAGGAAACGAAAUUCUACUUCUCCAGUCCUCUAAGUUACAUCCUAAGUCGAGAGAUACAGACAACAGCUACCUAAGCGGGGUGUUUCAUCUGUACAAAAGUGAUGCUGUCUUUGUCAGAGUAAACAAUUGUACACUUGUGUUGUCCAAUGCUGCUGAAAAUUACUUUGGUGUGUUUAUGAUUUAGAUGGAUUCUGGAGUCAGACUGUUACCAUACGAAUAAUGUGCGAGUGUGAUAUGUUCACAGCUAGAUUUGAUGGGAAAAUACACAUAAACACACACACACACACACACACACA